AUGGUUCAGAUAGCAUAUAUGUCGAUUGCCAUGCCACUUUUACUGGCGGCAUUUCUGGAAUGGUUCCUGUUUCUAGCAGCCUUCUUGUACUGCUUUGUCAAGGCCUACCAGAAGGCAGACCGCUGGAGUAUCAAAGCUCUCGCAGUGGUUCUUAUAAUUAUUUUCUCUAUGCUAAGAGGUAUUUUCCUCCCGGUUAUGCUUGUCACUCUUCCAUUGCCGGCUCAGAUCACACGGCGUUACCCCAAGCGAAUGAUCUCCUUCCUUCAGUGGUUUGCAUUCUGGACGUUUGCCACGCUUCUGACUUUACCCUGGCUUUUUUGUGUCUACAGGGUGGUCACAAGCUCAUUGGGGCGCACAAAACGAAUCAAAAACGCCCUAGACGACCGUACAGCGCCCAAGACAGUUAUUGUCAUCCCAGUAUACAAGGAAGACCCGGAGAUUUUGGUAAAGGCCAUCGAUUCGGUUGUUCGCAGUGACUAUCCAUCAUAUUGCAUUCAUGUGUUCCUCUCGUAUGACGGAGACGCCAUCGACGAAUCCUAUCUCCAGGUCAUCCAUCACCUUGGUAUUCCCAUCGCAUUUAAAGACCAUCCGCGAAGCAUAGAUGUGACUUAUCGAGGCGCCAGAAUUACAGUAUCGCGCUUUGAGCACGGAGGAAAACGGCAUUGCCAGAAACAGACAUUUAAGCUAAUCGACCGAGUGUACUCGGACUACCUUAAACACAACGAUAAUCUCUUUAUGCUGUUCAUUGACUCUGAUUGUAUCCUCGACAAGUUGGCUCUUCAGAAUUUCAUGUACGACAUGGACCUGAAGCCGGGCAGCAAGUCCAACAUGCUAGCUAUGACAGGGAUUAUAACUUCCACCACAGAAAAUAACUCUCUUCUCACUGUGCUUCAGGAUAUGGAAUAUAUCCAUGGUCAGCUCCUCGAGCGUUCCGUGGAGUCGGGCUGCGGCGCUGUGACUUGUCUCCCUGGGGCAUUGACAAUCUUACGGUUUUCGGCCUUUCGAAAAAUGGCCAAAUACUACUUCAUGGACAAAGCCGAGCAGUGUGAUGACCUUUUCGAUUUUGGGAAAUGCCAUUUGGGCGAAGAUCGUUGGUUAACACAUUUACUUAUGAUAGGGGCCAAGGAACGCUAUCAAAUCCAAAUGUGCACCAGUGCAUUCUGCAAAACUGAAGCAGUCCAGACAUUUCGCAGCCUUUUGAAGCAACGGCGUCGUUGGUUCCUCGGGUAUCUGACCAACGAGGUGUGCAUGUUGACUGAUACUCGCUUAUGGAGGCGGUACCCUCUUCUAUGCCUGGUUCGCCUUGCGCAGGAUACAGUUCGGACGACAAGUCUAUUAUUCCCCGUAAUGGUUAUCUCACUCAUUACCACCUCGCACAGGGUGGAAGACCUUCCUGUAGGAUUCAUUGGUGUGUCUCUAGGGCUCAAUUACCUACUCAUGCUCUAUUUUGGAGCAAAGCUGAAGCGAUACAAGGCUUGGCUUUAUCCACUGAUGUUUAUAUUGAACCCAUUCUUCAAUUGGCUCUAUGUGGUGUAUGGAGUUUUGACUGCCAGCCAACGAACAUGGGGAGGACCGAGAGCAGAUGCUGCCAAAGCAGACGGAGAUACCACCUUUGGAAGGGGAAGUUUGCAAACUAAAGCGCAGGAUCAUGAGAUGAUCGCCUGGAUUGAUCCAUUUCAGACAAAUACAGACGAGGAAAAGCCAUCCAUUCACUUUGAAGAUCACACCGAGGAGUAUCUCCCAUCACACCACCCCGGGAUCUACAAGUCUAAGCGAUAUGAUUUGGAUACCUCUGUCCCGAGGCUUGCGGCCAACCCUGUCGACGUCCCUCUCCAUCCGUACUGCUCAGCCAAUUCGGCCCAAACGUGGGAUUCUGGAUCAGAGUCUAUCUGUUUGCCACAACAUGUGGAGUGCCUAACCGGCGUUGGAGAUCCAAUAAAGCACGUUCGAACUCGAAGAGCACAUGAUUCCGUGGCGGCUUCAAGUCGAUGCAGUUGCCAGGAUGUUGAUAAUGCGCUGGAAAGCCCAAUAUCCCAAUCGACCGGGUAUACUGAGCUUUCUGGUACAAUUAGUCCAAUUGUACCAUGCCAGGGGACCCGAAAACAGCGGAGAGCCGCAAAGGACAACAGCGAUCGUGUCCCAAUACCACUGAGCUACCAAGAUUUCGGGCCCCGAUACCCACAGCCACGAGCUGCGAGGGGAAUCUAUGAGCGUGAUCUCGGCAUAGGACGCCAUCCAGAGAACUUGGGCACUCCGAUUUAG